CACAUGAGACACAAUCUAACAGGGCAGUGCUAAUAGGAAACGCACGGACUCAGUUGGGAACCAUCAGGGCUCCACUGGCGCCGUCACUGUCGCGCGGGCCCCCACCCCGGAGGGCUGCAAAUGAUGCGAGAGCCAAGCCGUGAUACAAGCACGCGGGGCAAAUUGAAAAGGAAAAGAGCCGGAAAAAGGGACGGCUUUUAUUUUAUUGCCCUGUGAGUUGUGACAGGUGGCUUAAUUUAAUCCCCUUCCAUUUCGCCCGUCUCAGAAGAAAGAGCGAGAGUACGUUGCCGCUGUGUAGGCAGUGCAGAGCAGAGCAGAGCUCGCGAGCGCAAUUACGCUAUGGAGAGCACAAGACGGCAUGCGGUUUUCGGGCUUCUCUUGCUGCCGCUCCUUGUUGUGUCCGCGGCGGGCUCGGUGCCGGCGCCGGCGUUCUUGGAGGAGGACGUGAUCCUCGGCGCCACGGUGGCAGCCUCGGCGGCGGGCUCGAUGGGCAAGGGCGCGAACGCGAGCACGAGGAGGAGAGCCGGAGGAGGAGGGAUCGGCGUUUGCGUGGGAGGGGAGAAGUGGAAGGAGGAGAUCGCCGGGAUGGCGGGGCGGGCGGAGAUGGGGGCGUGGCUGAGGCGGGUGCGGCGGCGGAUCCACGAGCGGCCGGAGCUGGCGUACGAGGAGGUGGAGACGAGCCGGCUGGUGCGCGAGGAGCUGGACGCCAUGGGCGUCGCCUUCCGCCACCCGCUGGCCCGCACCGGCGUCGUCGCCACCAUUGGCACCGGUCGCCCGCCGGUCGUCGCGCUCCGGGCCGACAUGGACGCGCUGCCCAUCCAGGAGGCUGUAGAGUGGGAGCACAAGAGCAAGAACCCGGGGAAGAUGCACGCGUGCGGGCACGACGCCCACGUUGCAAUGCUCCUCGGCGCCGCCAGGAUACUCAGCGCUCGCCAGCACCACCUACAGGGCACGGUGAAGCUGCUGUUCCAGCCAGCGGAGGAGUCCGGCGUGGGUGCGAAGCGGAUGAUAGAGGACGGCGCCCUCGAAGGCGUGGAGGCGAUCUUCGCCGUCCACGUGUCGCACCAGCACCCGACCUCCGUCAUCGGGUCCCGGACGGGGGCCCUCCUCGCCGGCUGCGGCUUCUUCAAGGCCGUCAUCCGCCCUCUCCGCCCCGGCAGCGGCGACCCAGUCCUUGCCGCUGCUUCCACCAUCAUCAACCUCCAGAGCCUCGUGUCCCGCGAAGCCGACCCGCUCGACUCCCAGGUGGUGUCCGUGGCCCAGGUCAACGGCACCGGCGACCAGCCGGAGCCGUUGGUGCUGGGGGGCACGUUCAGGGCGUUCUCGAACGCGAGCUUCUACCAGCUGCGGCGGCGGAUCGAGGAGGUGGUCACGCUGCAGCCGCGGGUGCACGGGUGCGAGGCGGCCGUGGACUUCUUCGAGGACGAGAGCUUCUACCCGCCCACGGUGAACGACGGCCGGAUGUACGAGCACGUGAAGCGCGUGGCGGGGGAAUUCCUGGGCGCCCGGAUGUACCGCGACGUGGCGCCCAUGAUGGGCGCCGAGGACUUCUCCUUCUACUCCCAGGUCAUCCCCGCCGGGUUCUACUACAUCGGGGUGCGCAACGAGACCCUGGGCUCCGUGCACACCGGGCAUUCGCCCUACUUCAUGAUCGACGAGGACGUGCUCCCCACCGGCGCCGCCGUGCACGCCGCCAUCGCCGAGAGGUACCUCGCCGCCGCCGCUGCCCGAUCCCUGGACCUGGUCGAAGAACAGGAAUUGUGAACUUGUGAUCGAUCGACCCGAUCGAGACGCGAGUCCGGUUAUUUCCGUUGUUGAAUUAAUCGGUGGACCGAUGAACGCAUCGCGUGGUCGGGUGAUGGGUCCGGUGCGUGCAUUCCGACGGAAAGAGGUGCCUUUUUCGGCCGAUCACGCAGUGAUCUGGGCUGUUUUUGCCUUGCUCAUGUUUGGGGUGAAGCCGGAUUCCCUGCGUUGAAUCGCGGUCUCUGUUGACUGUUGGGUGCUUCUUGGUAGGCGUCGGGCCGUCGGCUGUUUGAGGCUUUGAGCGUGCGUGUUUCUGCUGCCGCGCCGACAUGGGUUAUGAAUCGGGAUGAGACGAUGAGCUGGAUUUGUAAACAUGUAACUUGCCCGUCGUCUUCUGGAUAUCCUGGGUAUCAAGAGGAGGUUUUAAGUGAAGUUUGUUGUUGCAGCUUUUCCUUUUGAUUCUCUA